AUGUUAUUUCAAAACAUGCUUGCACAAAAGUCUCUGUAUUGGAAUGAUUAUGCAGCAAAUAAUCCACAGCUUACACUACAUCCAUUUCGUGUUGACACUAAAUUAAACUUCAGGAAGAAUUUUAUUCACUUUGCUGUGUUAUGUGCCUCGUUGGAUUUUGCAACAUAUUUAGAUCAUUUUGUACCACCAGAUAAAAAUACAUUCAAACGAAUCCAACUAGAGGCAACUAAAACGAUAUCUUUGGUUAGUGCAAAACGUAUAUCAGUUUCAAGAAAAUAUUAUCUGCUCACACUUCAGCACUAUUUAUCUUCUUGCAGUCGCACGUCAGAAACCUUUCCGCAUUAUCCGUAUGGCUCGGAAUCCAACUUUCCAUACCAGUCAGGUUUCACGCAGAUGCCAUCUCACAAUGACGUUUCACUUGAUUCGAUACCUGGCUUGAGUUCAAAAUAUUUUGAAACCUCUACCGAAUUUUUAAAAGAUAUACUCGAUAAAUUAGUUGACAAAGAGACGUACGUGUUUGGUAUAGAAAAGCUGGGAGCUGGAAGCGUAACCCAAAAGGUGUCCACAUGUGUUGAAACUCAGCACGAUCCUUCAAUAUGCUUGUACAGCAAGAAUUCAAAAGACGAUGAAGACGACGACAACGAUAUUGACGUAUUGACACCGUAUACCAACACAUCAACUGACUGCAAGAAAAAAAGCAUUUUGUCGCGAUUUUAUAAAGCCGAUGGGACUCCGAUUAAAAAUCUUUGGGAUAAUAAUGAUACGAGCGCAAAAGAGGAGAAAACAUACAAGUAUGAUCCAAAACCCCUCGAGAGAAGAAAAAACCCGCGAAAUUUUGUCCCGGAUGAUAAAAAGACGAAAGAGUACUGGGAACGAAGAAGGAAGAAUAAUAUGGCGGCAAGAAAGUCGAGAGAGGAUAGACGCAAAAAAGAAAUUGAGAUUUUGAAGAUUGUUGAUAAUUUAAAAAACGAUAAUUUCCGCUUGAAAAUAUGCGCUCAAAAGGUAAUGACAGAAAAUCAAAGUUUGAAGUACGAACUUGAGGUUUUAAAAAGAUUUUAAAAUCCUGAUAAAUUUGGAAGAUUUGUAGCAGUGCAGGCUAAUGGUAUUGUUAUCUAUUGCCUUACUCAUAAUACGACCAAAGUGAUACUACAGUAUGAACUAUAAAUUAUAACACAAACUCCGCUUCUAUUGCAGAAAUAGAAAGAACUUAAAAAGUGAAACAUAGCCAAAAACGAUAUUGUAAAACAAAACUUCUAAGUUAUAUUUUUUAUAUUCAUUUAGGGAGCAGACAAGGAAAUGUAUGUACUUAUAUUAUUAUGAGAUUAUGAGAUAAUUUUGAAUGCCCCCGUGAACUGUCGCAGCGUGUUAAAAUAAAAACACGUUUCAGAAUACUUAAUUGAGUUAGUUUGCUUGCCACAGUAAUUACUUUAAAUUAAGAAUAUUUCACAAAUAGGAAGAUUCGCAAAUUUUUGCCGUUUCACGAACAUGAACUAACGCGAAUGAUUCAUUUUGAAAGGUUUUGUGAACAUAAAGUUUCGAGAAGCGCCUCCUGUAAAUUUUGCGAGCCUCAAAAUUUAGCCACAUUUUGAAGCCUUUUAAAUUUUAUAGUUAAACUUCAAGGAUUAAAUGUAAAAUCGGUUCUUUUAUAAUGAAAGCAUAAAAUGGAAACUGAAUUACCCACUCUUGUGAAUUUUCGUAAGAAUUGUUGAAUCACGUGUGUUUUCUUAUUCACGAGAAUUAACUUACGCAAAUCGAAAAAACGAA